AUGAUUCACUCAGAUCAAAUGUGGAACUGUCGUUGGAAAUGGAAGCCAAGUUCUCUUCCGUUCUUCAUAGCUCUGUGUCUUGUGUAUGUUCCUCUUUCAGUGUGGGGCUGUGCCAACUGCAGAGUCGUCCUAUCCAACCCUUCUGGGACAUUUACUUCUCCGUGCUAUCCUAACGACUAUCCUAACAGCCAGGCUUGCAUGUGGACCCUGCGAGCCCCCACUGGCUAUAUCAUUCAGAUAACGUUUAAUGAUUUCGACAUUGAAGAAGCUCCCAAUUGCAUUUAUGACUCAUUAUCCCUUGAUAAUGGAGAGAGCCAGACUAAAUUUUGCGGAGCAACUGCCAAAGGCCUAUCGUUUAACUCCAGUGCGAAUGAGAUGCAUGUGUCCUUUUCAAGUGACUUUAGCAUCCAGAAGAAAGGCUUCAAUGCCAGCUACAUCAGAGUUGCUGUGUCCUUAAGGAACCAGAAGGUCAUUUUACCGCAGACACUAGACAGUUAUCAGGUAUCUGUUGCCAAAAGUGUCUCUAUUCCAGAGCUCAGCGCUUUCACUCUCUGCUUUGAAGCAACCAAAAUUGGCAAGGAAGACCAUGAAUGGACAGCCUUCUCCUACUCAAAUGCGUCCUCCACACAGCUACUCGGUUUUGGAAAGGCCAAGAGUGGUUACUUUCUUUCUAUUUCUGGCUCAAAAUGCUUCCUAAACAGUGUGUUACCUGUAAAGGAUAAAGAAGACAUUUUCACAGAAAGCUUUGAGCAGCUCUGCAUCACUUGGAAUAAUUCUCUGGGCUUUAUUGGUGUAAAUUUCAAAAGAAACUAUGACGCAGUUCCCUGCGAUUCUACCAUUAAUAAAGUGAUUCCUGGAAAUGGGAAAUUGCUGUUAGGCUCCAGUCACAAUGAGAUUGCCUCUCUAAAAGGGGACAUUUAUAACUUUCGACUUUGGAAUUUUACCAUGAAUUCCAAAAUCCUCUCUAACCUCAGCUGUAAUGUGAAAGGGAAUGUGGUCGACUGGCAAAAUGACUUCUGGAAUAUCCCAACCCUAGCUCUGAAAGCAGAAAGCAACCUAAGCUGUGGUUCCUACCUGAUCCCACUCCCGGCCACAGAACUAGCCAACUGUGCAGAUCUGGGGACCCUCUGCCAAGCUACUGUAGACUCUCCUAGUACUACACCACCCACUGUCACCACUAACAUGCCUGUUACUAAUAGAAUCGAUAAACAAAGGAAUGAUGGAAUUAUCUUUAGAAUUUCCAUAGUGAUUCAAAACAUCCUUCAUCACCCUGAGGUUAAAGUACAGAACAAGGUGGCAGAAUGGCUCAAUUUAACCUUCCAAAAUUGGAACUACACUGUUUACGUGGUCAAUAUCAGUUUUCACCUGAGCACUGGAGAGGACAAGAUUAAAGUCAAGAGAAGCAUUGGAAAUGAUCCAAGGUUGGUGAUUUGGGCCCUUCUAGUUUACAAUGCUACCAACAAUCCCAAUUUAGAAGGAAAAGACAUUCAACAGAAGCUCUUAAAAAAUAAUGAGUCCUUGGAUGAGGGCUUGAGGCUAUAUGCAGUGAGUGUAAAACAACUGGGUUUAUGUUAUGCCGAUGAGGAUCCCAAAGGCUAUCAAUGGCCACUCAUCCCACCCUCUGUAUACAACUUCCCUUGUCCAGGGAAGCAAGGCUUUUAUGCUUCAAGGACAUGUUACCGUGACCUUGCCAACACAUCUUUAGCCUACUGGGGGCCUCCUGACAUCUCUAAUUGUUCAAGGGAAGCAAAUGAAGUAGCCAACCAGAUUUUAAAUUUAACUGGUGAUGGGCAGACCCUAAGCUCGGCCAAUAUUACCAGCAUUGUAGAGCAGGUCAAAAGGAUUGUGAAUAAAGAAGAAAACAUUGAUAUAAUGCUUGGUUCAACUUUAAUGAAUAUAUUUUCUAAUAUCUUAACCAGUCCAGACAGUGACUUGCUUGAGUCUUCUUCUGAAGCUUUAAAAACAAUUGAUGAGUUGGCCUUCAAGAUAGACCUAAAUAGCACAUCACGUGUGAAUAUUACAACUCGGAAUUUGGCGCUUGGAGUAUCGUCCCUGUCCCCAGGGACAAAUGAAAUUUCAAAUUUUAGCAUCGGUCUACCAAGCAAUAAUGAAUCCUAUUUCCAGAUGGAUUUUGAGAGUGGACAAACCGAUCCAUUGGCUUCUGUAAUUUUGCCUCCAAACUUACUUGAGAAUUUAAGUCAAGAAGAUUCUGUACUAGUUAAAAGAGCACAGUUUACUUUCUUCAAUAAAACUGGACUUUUCCAGGAUGUAGAAACCAAGAAAGGUACCUUAGUGAGUUAUGUGAUGGCAUGCAGUAUUGGAAACAUUACUAUCCAGGGUUUGAAGGAUCCUGUUCGAAUUAAAAUCAAACAUACAAGAAACCAGGCAGUGCCUCAUCCCAUCUGUGCCUUCUGGGAUCUGAACAAAAAUGAAGGUUCUGGAUUUUGGAACACAUCAGGAUGUGUGGCACACAGAGGUUCAGAUGAGAGCGAGACGGUCUGCUUAUGUAACCACCUCACACACUUUGGAGUUCUGAUGGACCUUCAAGGAACUGCCUCACAGAUAGAUGCAACAAACACCAAAGUUCUCACCUUCAUCACCUAUAUUGGGUGUGGGAUAUCUGCCAUUUUUUCAGCAGCAACUCUGCUGACAUAUGUUGCUUUUGAGAAAUUGCGAAGGGACUAUCCCUCCAAGAUCUUGAUGAACCUGAGCACAGCCCUGCUGCUCCUGAAUCUCCUCUUCCUCUUGGAUGGCUGGAUCACUUCGUUUCACGUGGAAGGCCUUUGCAUGGCUGUCGCUGUCCUGCUCCAUUUCUUCCUUCUUGCAACCUUUACCUGGAUGGGGCUAGAAGCAAUUCACAUGUACAUUGCCCUGGUUAAAGUAUUUAACACUUACAUUCGCCGAUACAUACUGAAGUUCUGCAUCAUUGGCUGGGGUCUGCCUGCCUUAAUCGUGUCCAUUGUUCUCGCAAGCAAAAACCAAAAUGAGGUCUAUGGAAAAGAAAGUUAUGGAAAAGAACAAGGCGAUGAAUUCUGUUGGAUUCAGGAUCCAGUCAUAUUUUAUGUGACCUGUGCUGGGUAUUUUGGAGUCAUGUUUUUCCUGAAUGUUGCCAUGUUCAUCGUGGUCAUGGUGCAAAUCUGCGGGAGAAACGGCAAAAGAAGCAACCGGACCCUGCGCGAAGAGGUUUUAAGGAACUUGCGCAGUGUGGUCAGCCUGACGUUUCUGCUGGGCAUGACGUGGGGUUUUGCUUUCUUUGCCUGGGGACCCUUAAAUGUCCCUUUUAUGUACCUCUUCUCCAUCUUCAAUUCAUUACAAGGCUUAUUUAUAUUUAUUUUCCACUGUGCUAUGAAGGAGAAUGUCCAGAAACAGUGGAGGCGUCAUCUCUGCUGUGGUAGAUUUCGGUUAGCAGACAACUCAGACUGGAGCAAGACAGCUACCAAUAUCAUCAAGAAAAGUUCUGAUAAUCUAGGAAAAUCUUUGUCCUCAAGCUCCAUUGGGUCCAACUCAACAUACCUUACAUCCAAAUCUAAAUCCAGCUCUACCACCUACUUCAAAAGGAAUAGCCACACCGACAAUGCUUCCAUGAACAAGUCCUUGUCCAAAUUGACCCAUGCCGAUGGAGAACAAACAUCAAUCAUCCCCGUCCACCAGGUCAUUGAUAAAGUCAAGGGUUAUUGCAAUGCUCAUUCAGAUAACUUCUAUAAAAAUAUUAUCAUGUCAGACACCUUCAGCCACAGCACAAAGUUUUAA